AUGUCUAAGGCAUUCGUCCGUUCAAUCAAAAAUGUUGCCAACGGCUACUCCAGCGCCCAAGUUAAAGUCAGGAAUGCUACCUCUAAUGAACCCUACGGUCCCAGCACCUCUGAAAUGGAGGACAUAGCGGAUAUGACCUAUGAACACGUUGAAUUCCUAGAAAUUAUGGAUAUGCUUGAUCGUCGUUUGAAUGAUAAGGGGAAAAACUGGAGACAUGUUGCAAAGGCCUUAACAGUUUUGGAUUUUAUUGUCAGGGCAGGCUCAGAGAAUGUUGUUUUAUGGUCUAAGGACAAUUUGUACAUCAUCAAGACCCUUAGAGAAUUCCAGUACGUGGAUGAAGACGGUCAUGAUCAAGGAACAAUUAUUCGGGUCAAAGCGAAAGAAUUAACCUCUCUUCUUCGAGAUGAUGAGAGAUUGAGAACAGAGAGGAGUAUGAGAAAUGAUAGAAGACGUAGAAGACGUCCUCAAAGAUCAUCAAGCUUUGACUCAAAUGGUGAUAGCCGCAGCAAUGAGGAACUGGAUGAAGACGAUGAGCUUCAAAAAGCAUUGAACGAAAGUAGACUUACAGCAGAAGAAGAAGAAAGAAGAAGAAAGGCAAACGCAUCGGAUGACGAUGGGUUGUCAACUGCUCUCAGAUUAAGUCGUGAAGAAGAAGAGGCUAGAAGGGCAAGAGAGUCCCAACAACAAAAUCUUUUGGAUCUAUCAGAUACCCAAGCUGGUCAGCAAUAUGACGUUUUUGGAAACCCUAUCAAUGCUAUGAAUACAGGCUAUCUUCAAAAUGCCUAUGGUAAUGAUUAUAUGCAACAAUUACAACAGCAGCAAUAUCUUCAACAACAACAACAACAACAACAACAGGAACAAGAAUAUCUACAACAAUUACAAUUGCAACAACAACAACAACAACAGCAACAAUAUUUGCAACAACAACAACAACAACAACAACAAGAUUAUCUUCAGCAACAAUAUCUUCAGCAACAACAGCAACAACAGCAGCAAUAUCUCCAAUAUCUUCAACAGCAGCAACAACAGCAACAACAGCAACAACCUCUCAAAACAGGCUCUAACAACCCUUUCUCUAUUAACAAUGAUUCUUCUGCAUCUACUGAAUACUCUGAGCUCAACACAUUACUUGCUACUGGUACUGGUAUUGAUACAUUUGGUAACGAAGGUAAUUUACGUAUUCCAGCCCAAUUUACAAAAUCAACCAACUUUAUUAAUUCCUCUGGUACUGGUAUUCGUACCGACACCACAUCGGCUAAUCCAUUUAUGCAAAAACAGUAUACGGGUGUUGCCAGUACUGGUAUUAUUCCAUCAUAUACAGGUUAUGGGUUUGGAAACCAAAGCCAACAACCACAACAACGUCAACAGAAU